AACUCACCCCUGAAUGACAAUAUAUAAAUCCUGUGGGAGAGCCACAUUCUGCUCUGCCUUGGCCCAGAAGCCACAGCAAUGAAGCUCCACACUGCAGCAAUCCUGCUCCUCUUCUGGCUUGGCAUCUUCACUGUGCACACAGUUAAAGGAAGCGCUAGUAGUGCGUCCAGUCGCAAAUACAGUUGUGCAACUCUGUCUCCAAGGCAACUGAACAUCCGAAAUCUUGUGAACUAUGAAAAGCAACAAGUACCAACAGAUGCCAUCAUGUUUAUCACUGCAAAAGGUAUCAGGAUCUGUGUAGGUGCUAAUCAGCAAUGGGUGCAGACUGCUAUAAGGAGAAUAGAUGAAAGACGUGCUGCCAAACGCAGAUAAUCUGGUCCUAGACAAGCAUCUAGGACCACCUAGCCGGAAUCAUCAUCAGUGCUGCGCGUAACAAGGAAGAAACCUUACUACCUGCUUUUAUUUCCUUGCUUUUAAUAAAUAGCAGUAAACUCUCUGAACAAACACAAAAUCACUUCCCACUGAGCUGGAAGAGUGUAGGCCUCCAUCCUGAUGGAGAGCAGAGCAUUCUGCAUUGAGUGCUGGUUUUAAGAAGGUGCUGUGUAAGUUAGUUACUCACCCUCACGUGAGACAAACCUGAAACAAUUGGUUUGCUUUUUCCAUUGCUUUUCUCUGAAUAAGAACAAUCCAUGUCCGGAAUGGAAUCUGUAUUUCACAAACUCAUGGGAACUCCUUGCCCUAGAAAACUAUGUACAUAUAAAUGUCUUAUCAUCAUAAAACUGAUACAUGCUACUAACAGCAGGCUUUGGAUUUUAAUAAAGUUACUAAAAACCUGAA